GCGCUGCUCCCCGGCGUGUUCCCGCCUUCCCCCCGCUCCGCCCCCGGAUGUGGCGGCGCCGCCGUUCCGGGCCGUUGUCACCGACGCUCCACGGUCGCCGGGGCUGUGGGCGCCGAGCCGCGGGGGGAACACGGCCCGCAGAACUAAAAGAGUGGAAGGCGUUCUGGUAGGGGUGGAAGACAGAAGAUACCCGGCUGAGCUGAGGAAGCUGACGGAGGAACCAGGUGGAGUUGGAUGACCACUGAUGAUUUAUUAACUGAAUGUUAUGCGUAGCCCCUUAAAAUUGAAGAUUUCGGUUACAGAGGGAAUAUAUUGACUGAAGUUUCUGAAAAUGGAAUGGGGAGGAGAGUAUUCGCUUGAUUCUUCCAAUUUGGACUGUUUGUUAAGUGUCCUUCCUGGAGAACAGGAGUUUCAACAAGUCCUUAGUGAUCUUGAUGAAAAAAUAAAGAAGAACUCUUCUAGCAUAGAACAGUGUCUAAAAGACCUGCAGUCAGAAGUAAAUGAAAUAUGUACUGAUGAAAUACUCCAAAGCACAACUGACUGCCUUCAGUGGCUAAACAACUGCAACUUUAGUUCUCUCAGACCUUCUUCUACACACCAUGGAGAGCUGAUGGAGUUCCUUAGGACCCUGCAAAGCUUGCUGAAGAGUGAGCAAAAUCAAGAAGAAAUGAUACUUCACUUCCUUCUGGACCUCUCUAGUCAGUGUGGUGUCUCGUUUCCCUGUACUCCAAGUGGGACACCUUUUGAGUUAACAUCUUCCCUUCAUGCCAUUGAGGACGAUUCAACUAUGGAUGUGAAAUCUCUCUGGGAUGAUGUGAGAUUACAUCUUCGACGAUUUUUAGUAAAUAGACUGCAAAGUCAAGAAGAAACAAAUGCUAAUGCGUUACAACAACAAAUGGAGUUUAAAACUCAGUGCAUACGGCAACUUUUGUUUCUUUACCCCGAAUCAGAAGUCUUAAUGAAGUAUCAAAAUAUGCAGAAUAAACUGGUUAGCAACCUUCUACAGAACUGUGUUUUGUCUAGUUGUGGCGAAACAAAUUUUGAUAAAGUGGUUCACGGCUACCAAAGUUCCAUACCCACAUUGUCCACAAUGAUAAAAGAGGAUUUGUAUAUACUAAGUGGAACUAUUGAUCCUUCUUCAUCGUUGAAGUUCAUUAAUGAAACUUACCUGGAUACCAUCACUGAAGAAAUCACAGUUCUUCUUGAAAGACUUUGUGAGCUGCAGUUCAAAGAAAAUGCUCUACAUGUAGUUAAGGCAAACAAGAUUUCAAAGAAGCAUAGAGGAACAGUUCAUGCUGAGGCCUCCCAGGAAUACCACAAAAAAGGCAGGAACUUCUGCUUUACAUUGUAUCAACUCAAAUGUCUUUCUCAACUUAUCAAACUCUUUUUAUCAAUGGAAGAAAAAAUUGAAGAGCUCUCUGCAGAAAUUCUGUUGGUGCCUUCACUUACGGAGAAGAAUAAGAAUGUUCAAGGAGUUCUGAAGAAAGCUAGUGGGGAGCUUUUAAUAGGAGAAACUAGAGCAAAUGAAACCAGUGUGCUUCCUGAACAGUUACUUCAGGUAGAAGAGCCCGUUUUACUGAAUUUUGGCUGGAGAAAUGCAUUUAAAGACCUGUCGUCUUCUGUGGCUCACUGUAUAACAAUAGCAAUAGAGGAUUUUUCAACUAAGAUUCUUCAACAUGAGCAGAAAGAAGAGGUUUCAGCUGCAGGCUAUGCAAUGAGUCUUGUAAACAACCAGCAAAUGAGGGAGUCCUGCGGAGCAGUCCAACAGGAGGAGCAACCAAAACGAAUUGCUAAGUUUUGUUCUGACAUCAUGGAGGAACUGGACACGCUGCUUCCCUUGGCUCUGGCCUGCAGGGACGACUCUCUUCAGGAAAUCAGAGCCAACUUUGUGGAGGCCUGUGGCAAAGUGGCAGCAGCUGUCCUGGCCAGGCUGGGGGAGAGGACCAAGGACGUUCCCUCCAAGGCUCCCCUCCAAGAACUGUACGCUGCCCUCUCCACGGCCGUCUACGGCCGUCAGCAUUUUACAAUGUACGGCAACUUAAUGAGAGAAACGAGCAAAAAACCCCUGUUCCUCCUGCCUGUCCAACAGUAUCAGGAAUUCAUCAGUGUUCUCCAGUUUCAAGUUACGAGCUACUGCGUCAGAGUUUGUGCUACAAGCAUUUUACAGGAUGCCGAGAGCCACCACUGGGACGACUACAAAGCUUUUUAUGAGGGGGAAAGAUGCUCAUUCUCUGUCCAGAUGUGGCACUACUUCUGCUGUGCUCUUCAUCAUGAUCUGUGGACUAUUCUACCUCCCAAGACAGCCCAGGAGAUACUUACAGACGUACUGGAGCAAUCUUUGGCUAUACUGUCCUCCAGAUACUGUCAGGCCUGCCCCAGCUACAAGAGAACACCGCAAAUCAGGAUUGACAUUGCAGCAAUUUUGAUGUCCACUGAAGAUAUGCUGUGGUCAGUUUGUGGCUCUGUACGGGAGUUUCUGAAUCCACAUGAAGACAGAGAUCUCAAGAUCUAUAAAAUCCAUAGACACUGCAAUAGUCUGCUGUCUGUGCUGGCUAUUUUGACUUCACCACUGAAGACUUUGUAUGAGACAUUUCUGAACAAUUCUGAUGAACACGUUCCUCAAGAUUUUUCAAAAGUCUCUUAUCAUCCAUUACACUGGUUAUUUUGCAUACCAUCACCCCGUGCGUUCUUACCAAAGACUCCAUCAGCCAGAGAAAUGGCAGCCCAGGGUCAGCUGAAACUGCUCUUAUCCCAGCCGUACUGCAAUUUGAACUUGCUUUUGGAAACAUUGCUACAUCGUGAUUGUCUCUUGGUGAAAAUUUUAUUGAGGAGUUCGAGAAAUGAGGUAUUGAAUCGUGAUGAACAAAGUUCCCUCUUAGAACAGAUAAAUAACAAACAGCCUACUCUGGUUGAAACAAUCUUCACGGUAUUGUCUUACUGCACUUUAUCACCCAAAUCUCUUGGCAUUGCUUUUGAGACCUACAUGGAAAAAGAGCAGUUGUGGAAUUGCUUAUACAAUAUGACAGUUUCCAGUUGUGGUGAGUCGGAGCCAGAGGUUAUCAGAUGCUUGAAGUUGACUUUGAUUAAUUCAGUCAAGGGUAUCGUGAAGCAGAUAAUUUCUUUGAUGCAUUCAUGGGAGGCAACAGAAAACUAUGGAACGUACCAGCACAAGCAAAUAGUUCCUGAAAGUUUACUGAAAACGGUUCCAAAGGAAUGGAAUUACACUCCUCGGGAAAUGAAGAGAAAAGAAUCUGGGAAAUGCUUCACAAGGCUUGCAGCUCAGGCGGUAUCUAUUGUAAUCAGCAAGUUACCUACAGUGAUUGCAUGUUUGCCUCCCCCAAUUAAGUACUUCUUUUUUCUGGCUGAGAGAAAAAUGUCAAGAAACUUUGCUGAAUUGAAGAAAGCUGGUCUGCUUGUCUGGAACUUGAUUGUAAUUAUAUGUCGGAUAUUUGAGGAUGGAAAUACUGCAGAACUUUUAACAGGUGCAACACUUGACAGAUGGAGCAAAGAAAAACUGAGUUUAGUUCGUGUGUGCUUGGAAAGUAUUAUGGGAAAACUGAAAAGUGGUCCUAAGCAAGUGACCCAGAAGGUUAUACAAAGCAUUGAACAGCAAAGACCAAACUGGAUUGAAAGCCAGUUGCUGAAGGCUAGAAAAUUGAGCACAGACUGCGCCUCAGUCGCGGCGGAAGGCGCAAUGUUAGAGGAAGGAGGUAUUGCACUUGGAUUCACUGAGCAGAAAAUAAACAUGAUGGUCCUGGAUAUCUGCCACAAACCAGGUGGCGGCGAGUACCUGAGGCAAAUUUAUCACAUCAUCCGGCUCAAUGAGGAAUAUUUGCAAGAGCAGCUGUCUUGUGAGAAUCCUUCUGAAGAAGGUGUUGCCUCCAGUCGGUGCCUGCCUUUGACGCUGAAGGGCAGAGAAGAGCAGGCUGUCUUCAACCCUUUCCAGGUGUACAGACAGUCUUGUGCAAAAGUGUUCAAUCAGUCAACCAUUACUGAAUGGAACUGGGAUUGGUCAAACUUGCUGCCAAGUUCUUUGGGACUGAAUCAGAUGACCUUCAGGGUGCUGCUGACACACAGGUGGGAGAUGAAAGAAGGCGCAGAUCUUGAAGAUGAGGAGAAAGUUAUGGUGGAACACUUAAAGAAUGUGUAUUUGACGCAGAGCCCUCCUGCCUCAGAGGAUAAAGAAGAAUAAUUACUUUGACAGGUUUCGGGUAGCACCUUUUUCUGAAUUCAACGUGAUUAACUUAAUGGCUUAGUUAUAACUAAGUGGACUGGAAAGCUCAGGAAUAUGUAUCUUGAGUGGGAGUUUCAAACUAAAGAACGUUCCCCACGUUAUGGUCUACUCACCCCAUCCAGGCAGCGAUUGUUCACACAUGCGUAAGGCAAGCAACAGUGUAUGAAAAUGUCAGUGUCACAAAAUAAGGAGGGUAUAUUUUGGAUCUGCGGAGGCAUAAACCGGAAUGAAAACCCAAGAACUGCUCUAAAAGUACAAAACUCACCCUGGACAAGAUGCAACUUCGGGCACGUGCUCAGCAAACACCCCUGCUCUGCCUCCAUCGAGUCGUUUUGGAGUCAGGGUCAGCCUGGCCCCAUUAGUGCCCCCUUUCUCUCCCUUGGUACAUGUGUUCUAGCUAGUUGUGGCAUUAAAUCACCCAAAAUGCCCCAAAACCAGCAGGUAUAGGCCAUAGGUCGGCAGCCACCUGUGAGUUGCUCCGGGAUGAGUACACAUCCUUAUUUCCAAGCAAAACUGCAUCAGCUUUACUGCCCUCACAAAUCCUAACUUAACACCCAGCCUGUGUUACGACGCCUUAUAGAGAAACUUGUUAGCAGCUUUUAAAGUUUUCAGAAGAUUGAAAACAGUUGUUCAAAGGCAGUGCUUAAAGGACUGUCUUAACAGUGAAUUGAGAAAAUGAUAAAGAAUGCAAUAUUUAUUUCUGAUAAAUAUAGCAAAAUUUCAUUUUCAAAGUAAGCCCUCUCUGAUAUUCAGAUUUUUGAAAUAUUAAAGGCUUUUCUUUUCAGAAAAAGUUCUUCCUCAAAGAUUAAAAAUAGCUGAGUUAGACAGGUGGCUAUUGCAACGAUAUCUUUUAUACAGAAGGUGUGGUUAAUAUUUCUUUAGUUCUACAGAAAAAAUCCGUCAUUUUGCUAUUUGUUCCUCGCAUUGGAAGUCCAAGGGAACUCUUUCCUCUGCUGGAUAAAGUUCUUGCUCAGGCUGCAAUCUGAGCUGUAGCUAUUCCUGUUCCCACCACAUCUUCUCACAGAUGCUUUUAUGGACAUAACUUGGACCCUUUGAAUAGAAGAAAAUGCAUUUUUUUUUUCCUAAAGAGUUCAGCAGCACCGUGGGUAACGAUAACACUAAUGCUGCUGUAGGGCUUAAUCUGAAAUGCAGUUUCUCCUCCUCUUAAUUGCUCUUUUUAAUUUUUUUUUAUCGUGUGUAUAAAAUAUCAGACCACUUAAAGUGAAAAUGGGGACCACCACAUCUUACAAAUCUCCAAAGAUCUUGUUACAACACGGCAUCAACAAAAGGGCUGUGAGGCACUUGGCGCUUCAAAAAUGCUAAAAAUACUAUUUAAAGAAUAAAACAGACUUUUCCCUCUGCUGCUGAUACAGCCCUUUCGGGUCAUAAAGAAGUGAUGUAGUGUAAAAACAUUUUUUCCUUUGCUUUGUAUUUCACCUUUGAAGAUUUGUCGUGGUCACAAGGCUCAAAACAUGCUACAGGGAUUGCCCGUGAUGGCAGGUGUGGUAUUCCAACAAACGAGGCUCACAUGCUCCAAGCCAUACUAAUAACCCGAAGCUGGAGCUCAGAAUAUCCUUUCUAUUUUAUCAAAAUCGAUUGUACAUAAUUAACUUUUCAUACAGCCACAUAAAGUGAAUUUCUGUCUAUGUGGUGAAACUCCCUGAAAUACUUUUUUGUGAGAAAGCUCCCCUUCUGGGAAACACUUAUUCUGAAUGGGAUAAACUUUGCAAGUGAAAUAAGCUAACCCAGAAUAAAACCUUCACUUAUUUUAAAAUGGGAAUGUCCAUAUGGGGAGUUAUUCCAAACUGUUUAUUAUCCUUUAGAUUCACAACACACCUGGUUCUGGAAUAAUCUGUAAACAGUCAUGUUAGUAAAAAAAAAAAAAAAAAGAAAUUCUUUAUGUCCCAUCCUCCCUUCUCUCCCCGCCAAAUUAAUUCAGCAACAACCCACUGGGUAGCACUAGGACAAUUUUUUUCUUUCUUAGCAAGAGUAUAUUCGUUAUCUUUGCCGACGUGGAGCUGACAAGACAGAAUAACUAGCCCGAAUAAAAGCUGAACCUUUGCACAGUA